AUGUCUAAUGUGUCAAAGAUUGAAAAAUUGAAAUCACUGACAAAGCGAAAUAUUAUAAAAUCUCGCGAUUUAAGUGAAAUUAAUAAUUCAUCGUGGAAGCAAGCAAAACCUUAUUCUGAAAUUCCAGGACCUAAACCCUUGCCAUUUGUUGGAAACACUUGGAGAUUUAUACCAUUUAUAGGUGAUUAUAAAAUUCGUUCUAUCGAUCAAUUGACUCUUAAAUUAUAUAAAAAAUAUGGGCCCAUUGUAAAAAUAGAAGGGCUUUUGGGUCGACCAGAUAUGGUUUUUCUUUAUGAUGCUGAUGAAAUCGAAAAAGUUUUUAGAAAUGAGGAACUUAUGCCUUAUCGGCCAUCUAUGCCUUCCCUUAAUUAUUACAAACAUGUUCUUCGGAAAGAUUUUUUCGGGAAUUCAGCUGGAGUUAUUGCUGUACACGGAAAAGACUGGUAUGAUUUUCGAACAAGAGUUCAAAAACCAAUGCUCCAACCUCAAACAGCUAAGCUCUAUGCAAAAACUAUAGAAGAAACAGCCGAUGUUUUUGUUGAAAAAAGUAAAAGGCUUAGAAAUAACUUGUCAGAAGUACCUUUUAAUUAUUUAAAUGAAAUUCAUAAAUGGUCAUUAGAAUCUUUGGCUAAAAUAGCUUUGGAUGUGAAUCUGGGAUGUUUGGACGAACCUCCGAAUCCUGAAACCCAAAUAUUGAUAAAUGCAGUUGUUAGUUUUUUUGAAAAAGUUCCAAUUCUAGAAUUAAAAGUACCUUUUUGGAGGGUGUUUAACACACCUACUUGGAAACAGUAUAUACACUCGUUAGAUACGAUAACAAAUAUAGCUAUGAAGCAUAUAAAUGCCGCCAUAGAAAAUUUGAAUGAUAAAAAUAUUAACAAUAUUGAUAACAACGCAUCUUUACUUCAAAGAAUCCUCGCAAUGAAUAAUGACCCAAAGAUAGCAUCAAUUUUAGCGCUAGACAUGUUUUUAGUAGGAAUAGAUACAACGUCAAGUGCCGUGGCCUCUAUCAUGUAUCAGCUGGCCAAACAUCCGAAAGUACAAGAAAAUCUUUAUAAAGAAGUAAAAACCGUGUUACCUUCGGAGAAUGACAAACUAACAGUUCAGAAAUUAGAAAAUAUGAUUUACCUAAAAUCCGUUAUAAAGGAGACUUUAAGAAUGUAUCCAGUAGUCAUAGGUAAUGGAAGAUGUAUGACAAGAAACAAUGUAAUCAGUGGAUAUCAGAUACCCGAAGGUGUCCAAGUUGUAUUUCAACAUUAUGCAAUUAGCAAUUCUGAAAAAUAUUUUAAAAGAUCAUCCGAAUUUUUACCAGAGCGGUGGUUAAAAAAUACGACAAAUGAAGAAAAACAAGAUUUCGUCAAGUCUUUUAACAAUGAAAAUACCAAUGCACCAUGUGAAUUUGAUAAAAAUUCAGUUCACCCGUUUGCUUCAUUGCCUUUUGGCUACGGAAGAAGAAUGUGUCUGGGAAGAAGAUUUGCCGAGCUAGAAAUCCAAACAGUAAUAGCAAAGAUGAUUAAAUCAUUUAAAAUUGAAUAUCAUUAUGGAGAUUUAAAAUAUCAUAUUGAUACAAUGUAUAUUCCAAAUGGUCCACUAAAGUUUAAGCUCAUAGAUCGCUGA